CCGCCCCAUUCCCUUCCCAUGUUUCAAGCCUGUUACGUGUUUUACUUAGAUAGCCAUUAUAUAAUUAUAUAGUUUGACCUUCACUGCAUCACGAGUAUAAGCAAAAUAGUCAUUCCUCCUUAGGUCACAGAAGCUUGAACAUCGCAUGGUCAAAAUGAAAUUUUUUUCUCUUGUCAUUUUAUUGCUUAGUGUAACUUUUUCGUACCAAAACGUUGACCAUCACGAAUCAAAUGGAGAUGAGAAAGAAAUUCAACGGGUUAUAAGAUUUGGAAUGGGAAAAUUGAACGCGAUGUCAAAUAAUUACUAUCGUUUAAUGGCGUACGAAACUCUCGAUACAUCCAAACAGGUCGCGAAAGGCAUAAAAUACUGUGUUGCUGUCGCUGUUGGAACGUCUUCUAUAUGUCCUAAACAUUUAACGAGCAAUAACGCAACGUUAAAGGAAUGUCCUGUAGACAAAAAAAUGAUGGAAUGCCGUUUAGUCGUGUUCAAGCAGAUUUUAUCAGAUGACGAUCAGUUGAUGUUACUUAAUCACAAGUGUUCCACUGAAGACCAUGUCACUUGUCUUGAUGGAGAAUCAAGUAUGCCUGCUAUUCCACAAUCAGAAGGGGAUAUUCGUUUAGCGUUUCAUCAAUUCGUUGAGAAACACGGCAAGCCAUAUCAAGAUGAAAAAAUAGAGUUUGAAUAUCGUUACGGUAUUUUUAAGGAAAAUCUCAAAAUAGCCCAGUUGAUGCAAGACACUGAAAGGGGAACUGCUCGCUACGGCAUCACUCAAUUCAGUGAUUUAACAGAGAAAGAGUUUCUUGCCAUGUACACUAUGAAUGGUUGGAGUGAAGAAACUUAUGAAAUGAACGAAGCCGAGAUUCCUCGUAUCGAAAUUCCAGAAUCUUUUGACUGGCGAGAUUACGGUGUCGUCACGAAAGUUAAAAAUCAGUAUUCGUGUGGAUCGUGCUGGGCAUUCUCGGCAACUGGGAACAUCGAAGGAUUAUUGGCGAUCAAGACGAAUAAACUUAUUUCUCUCAGUGAACAAGAGUUGCUUGAUUGCGAUAAAGUUGACAAUGGAUGUGAGGGAGGUUUACCAUCCACAGCAUGUGAACAAAUCAUGAAGCUAGGUGGUUUGGUUUCUGAGUCAGAUUAUCGUUACCAAGGCGUCCGUAAACGUUGUCGUAUGAAAAACAAAGAGAUUGUUGCUAUAGUAAACGGUUCAUUAAGAAUAUCCCAAAAUGAAGACGAAAUGGCAGCUUGGCUAGUUGCAAAUGGAACGAUAUCUAUUGGUAUUAACGCGAAAACCUUGCAGUUCUAUCGUGGAGGCGUUGCUCAUCCAUCGAGAGGGGAUUGCAAUCCGCAUGAGCUAAAUCAUGGUGUAUUGAUCGUGGGCUAUGGAAUUGAAAGAAGGAGAUUAAAUCCCAUGCCAUUUUGGAUCAUUAAAAACAGUUGGGGUGCUCGUUAUGGUGAGAGGGGCUACUUUCGAAUGUACCGUGGGGAUGGAACAUGUGGACUAAACAGGAUGUGUACGUCUGCCAUUCUUGCAUAAUUCCGUGGAUGUUUUAUUGUUUUUCAUUGACCUAGCGUGUUGGGAGUAUGCGGGAAAAUUAACAGAUAAAGCUUUAAAACAAUCGAAAAAUAUUUUCAUAAUUGUUUAAAAUACAGCUUGGUACAUGUUUGACUGAUUGACUAUUGUCCAAAAUAUGGUGUAUAGUAAGAUGAUAAUAAGAUUUACUAGAUGAUCAUA